AUGGAUGAAACCCAACUAAAAGAAAGCAUUGUUUACGGCUCUUUGAUUUCUCUAAAAACGAUUGACAACUGUUAUGCAUAUUCUCAAGGCUUCGUUGAUACAACUAUUUAUUUGCAGGAAGCAUCUAAUAUAUCUUUCUCAGAAGCCGUUUUCAGGAUCUGCCCACAAAGCAUUUUUACGACCCAGCAAGAAGUUUUAAGGCUGAUAUCUGAAGGAACUGGGCCAAGCGUUGCUGAAAGGGUAGAUCUGCUGAAUGAUUCAUUAGAUGACGAAUUAAAGACAAAUGUGCACAUUUAUUCAAAUUUUAAAGGAGUCCCAGUUAAGUAUGGAUCUUUAAUCCAGCUGGAGCAUGUGCAGAGCCAUAGGUUUGUUACUGUUCAUAACAGACAAAGUUCAAAUAUAGAACGGCAAAAUAUUAAAAUAUCGCUUGAGGACUACCCAAGCGAGUUUUCCCACUUUAGGGUAGAGGCAUGCUUUAAAUGCCAAAAGGAAGGAAAAGGAAUCGUCAGGUCUGGGGAUAAAGUAGCGCUCGAAUUCACUAUUUUGGACCUAGGUAGGAAUGCUUGUCUGCAUUCAAGCAUCAAGGGGAUCAACCCUUCAAAUUUAAUAAAGCUUUUGGCUGGGGACGAAUUCGACCCUUCUUCUCUUUCUCAAGAAAUGGAUGGCUCUUUGGACCAAAUGACAGCUUGAAUAAUUGAACUAAACUCUCCUUUUGUUAAUGAAGUCUCAGAAUCGCUUAUGUGUGGAGACAUAAUUUGGCUCAGCCACGCAGAAGAAUAUGCUGGCCUAGGAGGGAUCCUCCACAAAAAUCAUUUAGAAGUGCUUUAUAAUAAAAACCUUAAUGAUACAAACUGCCUUUGGAUGAUAGAAGGAGAAAAUUCACAAAUUGGUGGAAAAGUGAAAAUUGGGACAAAAUAUCGUCUCAAGCAUAUAUCAACCAAAAAAUAUUUGACGAUACAAAAUAACCAUGGCAUAAAUUCUCCCACAAAUGUACUGACUGGCCAUCAUAACUUGUCACUAGCAGACAUUACAAAGGGCAAUAAUCUUUGAACCUUCGAGCACAUUGACGAAGGGGUGAAAUCUGAUUUAAUAAACGGCCAGUUUUGCAAAAUUGUUAAUUGUGAUAACGAAUCGUCAAUUGCAAUAAAGCAAGUCAAAGGAGGCUGAAUAAAGCCAGCAGCUGAUUUUGUACAUGAUGAGAUGAGCUAUUUUAAAAUAAAAAAAGCUAACCAAGAAGUCAUUUGGGAAACUCUUUUCCUGCUUAACUGCUAUCCUAUUCUCAAGAACUUUCCAAACUAUUUGAAAAAUGGCAUUCAGCUGAAUGAGACUGAAAACCCAGACGAAGUAAAAAAUUUCGAAAACUGUGCAAUUUUGGUCGCAAAAUGUAUAGCAGACGUUGAUCUUUUUUGCAAAAAUAAGCUUACUCCCCCCCCCUUUAAAUUGGAACUGAAAAUUUUUGUUCCAAUUUAAAGGAGGGUUAAUUUUUUUUUUAAAAAAAAAAUUCAAAAACUUAUCGAGUUAGAUUAAUAAAUUUGUUUAAUAAAAGGCUAUUUACUCUUUAUCCUUUGAAAAAAAGUAAGAUAUAACUAAAAUUUUUAUUAUUAGUUAAUACGCCACUAUUAAUUGGCAUCAAAAUUAUUUGCACAAAAAUUAUUAUUUUUAUUGAUAAAAAAAAAUUAACAAAAAAAAAAAUUUAGAAAAUUUAUCAUCAAAGUACUAAUUUUGUUUAAAUAAGAUGUUAUUUAUACUCUAUUCUUUAAAAUAAAGCAAGAAAUAACUAAAUUUUGAAAUUUUAUAAAGAAUUCCUAUUGAAUUUUAUAUCAAAACUAUUUAAAUAAAAAAUAUCAUUUUUAUUAAAAAAAAUAAAAAAAUUUUUUGAAAAAUUUUAAAAAAAAAAUUAAUUUUUUUUUGAAAAUUUUAAAAAAAAAAUUAAUUUUUUUUGAAAAAUUUUAAAAAAAAAAAUUAUUUUUUUUGAAAAAUUUAGCAAUUAAGGAUAAUAAAUUUAUUUAAAUAAGAUGCUCUUUGUACUUUCUUCUUUAAACAAGAGCAUGAUAUAACUAAAUUUUUAAUUUUAUUUAAGAAGAAACAUUUAGCUUAUAUCAAAACUUUUUAGAUAAAAAUUAUAUAUAAUUUUUUAUUAUAAAAUUAAAUUUUGUUCCAAUUUAAGGGGGGAUUAAUUUACCAAAAAAUUGGAAAUUUUUACCUAUAUUUGUUCCAAUUUAAAGGGGGAGUUAGAAGUAUGGUUGGAACUGAUAAGAAAUAUGGAGAAGUGCAGCAUGCAAGGCAGAGAAUGAUAAAAGAGCAACGGAUAUUUGAUGUUGUGAUAGAGAUAUUAGAUGCAACAUUCAGGACGGAGUUUGAGACAAGUAUAGUUAAGAAACUCACCACUGAUACCUGAAAAGCUGAACUAGAUAUCACAGCUGAAAAUUCAAAAAUUGGCGUUCUAAAUGCAGAAGACAGUGUAAACGUAACGAAAACAAGAUAUGUAAUCAAUAUUGUGGAACGAAUUUAUGAUUUAUUGGUAACUCUCUGCUAUAAAAAUCUUACCAAUCAAAUGUACGCUUUCAACUAUUUAAAUAUUUUUGUGAAGCACAUUGAGUAUAACUUAGGCGCAACGAAGUUUUUACUGUCAAUUUUGAAGAGUAAUAAUGAGCUGCUGUUUGCAGUCCAUAAGGUUUCGUUACCUCAGCAGCUGUUUCCUCGUCAAAUGGUAGACAGCAGCCUAAUAAGUUACUAUAGCUCUUUAUUGUGUUCUCAGCAUGAAAAAAGAAGGCCUCAGAUCUUGGAGUUCUUGAAAACAAUAUGCUCAUAUAAAGACCAUCGAAUUAAAGUCAACCAAAAGAAAAUUUUCGAGCUGGUCUUCAUGGACAAAGAAAUCUAUGCCAGCACCCUUAUCCAGAUCCAAAUGAAAGAAAAUCAAUUUUGAAUUUCAUCUGACCAAAGCAGUGAGCUAAACGCUUUAGAUACAUAUUUUGAUGAUGGCCAUAUAAAUAAAGAGUCAGCUUUAAUUGUUUACUUUAUAAAGCUGCUUGAGCUGUUCGGAGCAUUAUGCUUUGGAAGAAAUACUUUAUUUAUAGAUGCACUGAAAGAAGACUUUCCUGGGGAUAUCCUACAAAAUAUUAUGUGGAACCCUAAGCUUACCAACACAAAUAAAAUGGCGACGACACCGACCCGUCCUCUCCCGGAACUGAGGCGAGAUUGGGGACCUUGCUGCAGCCUGAAGCCAAUCCGCCCAGGGAAAGGUCUGGAAUGGGUACUGGUAGUUUGUGUCCGGCUAGGUUUCCCUCCCAGUCCAGCAACGACGAUCCUAGGGUCGUCCCGAUAGGACACGGGGCAAAAAGGGUUUUUCCUCUAGGGACUGCUAGUGCAAUUUGGAGGGCAUGGCAGGAGCCGACAAGAGUUAAGGAGUUAAUCCUUAGCUCUAACCCUAUUCUGGCGACGUGAAGCACGGUGAACCAGUCCGCCUACUUUCGGGAUAGCAUGACCAAGCCCCAUGACCGGAAGGAGCUGAGUGGUAGCCUGUGACACUUAGGUGCACACUGGGAGCAGUACAAGGAAAGUAAGCAAGGCGUCCAAAAGGCGGAAGAAAAGGACCUUCGGUCCUGGCCGGGAGCUACUUUAUAAAUUUAACUAAGACUAAGACUAAGACCCUAAGCUUACCAAGGGCACUACGAGCUGCAGCCUCUAAGCUAAUGUUUUCAAUGCAUAUUGAUGUAUUUCCUAGGAUGGAGAUAAGAUUAAGAUUACGCUGGGUAUUUAAAGUCCCACUUCGUCCGAGGAAGCAUUCUACGGUUUCCCGUAUGGUGGCAGAGCGUUCACCUAGCCCGGGCCGAAACCCCCGGUUUCUCGGUAGAGGUAAAGGUCAAGGGACGUGUCAUACCGUCUUUGCUGACCGCCUCCAUUUCCAACUUGGAUCGUCGCCUAAGUUUACGCAACACUGCCGCGUCGUCCGCCAGAUCUACCCAUUGGAGGGCACCUUUUAACUGGAGAGACUCCCGUUUUGUUGUCUACCUUGUCUUCCCCUCUUUUCCGGUCAUCCCGAGAAAGAACUCAACAGCUUUCGCCAUUCGGGGCAAGCCACAAAAGCAGCUUAUGCAGAUAAGUCGCCCUGCCUCAUUUCGGGCACUCAUUGGGCUGAGCGCUGCUGGCAAAAAGAAGUCGCGAGUAACUGCCCAUGGGUUUUGUCACAGAAACAGCGGUCUCCGUGCUUAGACUCUCGCCUCGAGGUCCAAAACAUUGUUGGGCCAACUCCCGGCUCCAAAAACCAUGCCCGGAUAUAUAUGGGUAACCACCACUGAGAGGGUGGGUCGGUCGCCGUCCGCCAUUUUAUGUAUAUCCCUAGGAUGGAGAUAAAAAAGCCAGAGUUUGUAAAAAUUAUAAGGAUGGGAGAAAGCAUGGCUGGGAAAAAGUCAGUCAGCCAAAAAUGAAGCAGUGAAACAGAGCAGUCAUUUGUUGAGGUAAGACUGCUUGAAAAUACUAUGAUUAAUUUAAGAGAUGAGCUUGAAACAGCGAAAACUAAUAUUGAAAGAGCUUCGAUUGAUAUAGGAGACCUUGAAGAAGCUGAUGUGAGGAAGUUUACUGAUGAAAACUCUUUGAUACAAACUAUGCUCUAUAAUAUUCUUGAGUUCUUUUCUACUCAGCGUAAUGGAGUCCAAUAUGAUAUUUUUGUCGAUGAGAUGCUUAGGGUUUCAGAAAAACUUAUUAAAUUCAACCUUUAUGGCACUUGCUGCACAAAUUUUGAUAAGCAGUUCACAAUUGUAAACCCGUUAAGCAUUGGGUUUUCUAGUGAAAAUAUGGAUAUAGUAAGGCUCUUAAGAUCGAUAUCCCACUUAUUGUUUUUUACAGCUGAGCGAAGGAGAUCUUCUAUCAAGAAAAGAGGAAGUCUUAAAAGAAGAAAGUCAUCAAGAAGAAGCGAAGAUAGAGAAGAUGAAAAGGAUAAAGACAAAAAGAAUUACCUCGAAGAGUUGCUAAACGAUCCAGCUGAACUCUCUGAGCCUGUAACACGAUGUGCAGUUAACUUAAAGAAUUUUAUCUCCAUACUUAAAUCGAGCUCUUUCCAAGACCACGUUAAGAAAACUCCUGAAGACAAAAUCAAGGUCAGGAUCUGCAAAAUACUCAAUCUAUAUUUACUCCAUAUAUGCAAAAUUAAUAUUUUCUAUGUAAAUAUCAUUAAUACCAAAUUUAAAGCAGUUAAAAUUAAAACAUUACUGAUAACUUGCUUGAUUUUAAAUGAAAUAGUGCAAAUAGCUACUAUUUAACAAAUCUAGUACUUUGAAUUGAUAUAGUUCGUGUUUUAUAAAUUAAUUAAAGUAGGGAGUUAGACAUCCAAAUGGAGUUUUUGAUAAACAACGUCCUAGGCUGAUUCAACCAUUUAACUUACUCAAAAGACUGGAUCUAUGAAGACCUCUCCAUUUUAUUCCCACCAAUAAUGAAGAUUUCUCACGUCAGCCAUAAAGCAACCAAUGAAUUCCAACAAAGCAAUUUUAAAACUUGGUGCGCUCCAGUCAUACUCAAUCUUAACUGUAUGUCAUCUGAGCCAAUACUUCCAAAGCUACUAAAUGUGUUUGUCGAAAGCAAAAAUUAUAAGCUAAAGCAAAAUAUUUUAGCCCUCAUUAUGAGGUGCUUUCGGCAACGAACAGACAUGCUCCACGCCCUUAAGAAACUUCAUGUAGUUUGUAACUUGCAAGAAGCAUUAAUAUAUAAAUACCUUAAAAAAAGUAUGGCUUGGCUUAAACAAUAUGCAGACCAAAACGAAGUUUGGCUCACUUACUGAAAAGAUGAUAGUCUUGACAAAGCAAAAGCAGUAAGCAGCUUUGAAAACGUAAAUGAACUUUUGCAAAAUAUUGAUUAUAUUCUCUUUGAAGAAACAUCAAUUCAAGGAAAUACAGUUACCCCAGGAAGAUGUGAAAAAGUUUCUAAGUCUCGUCAAACUAUAUUUUUCUAUUUGAAAAUCCAUGAGCUAUUGCUGCAUUUUCUGAAAGAUGGAAUGUAUGUGCUUUUAUUAAAUCAGGAUAAAAAUAAAGACUCAGAAUGCUUCAGAAAAAUUCAUAAUUUGUUCACAAUUUGCCAUAAUAUCUUGAUAAAAUUUGUAUACAAUAACCCAAAAAAUCUGAAAUGGCUGAAUUGGUGUAUAAAAGAAGCUAAAUUUCAUAAAAACCUCCCUUUGUUCAAUAUUUUGGAUAUUUUAUUACAGUUAGAAGACGGCAAGAACUCGUCAGUUCCUAUGAAAUUGCCAGCAUUAGAAUUUUUCUAUCACAUUUAUAUUGAAUCUGAAGAGUUUAAUGAUGAAAUAAAAAGCUCUGAAAGUUUUCAUUUAUAUAUAACAAGACAAGCAGAAGUCUUAGAAAUCAUAGCUGUAGUUGAUGAAGACCAUACAAACUUUUUGGCUACAUUCUUAAAAGUUCUUUUUCAUUAUUCCAUAACCUUUUUCAGGCCAGAAAUCCCAUUCGCUGAGCAAGAAAGCAGCUCUUCACUUCACCAAUUCGCCAAGUCUCUUGCUAAAAAUAUAUCAAAAUUCGACUCUAGGUUUGUAAAGCAGCCGAUGAUAGACCAAAUCCAUGAGUUUUGUAGCAGCUUUAGCUGUGAGAUAAAUGAUGCAAUUGGUGAAAGCAGAGAAGUUGCUAGAGAAGCUCUUAUAGACUCAGGGAAUUCUUUAUUUGAUGAUAAAGAAUGGAUAAAUGAAGCAGAAGAGGGAUGAAAAAACUUUAUCGAAAAUGUCCUGUAUAGUGAAAACAUAAAGAAAAUCUUGGCUGACGAAAAGAAAGCGCUAAGGCUGGCAAUUUAUUAUAUCAAUAAUUUUCACCCUAAUCUAGCAUUUACUCAAAUUUCUAAAGAAAUUAUCAAUUUUAUAAGUGGAAGCCGCAAUCAGAGAGUCCCAGUAGGGAUCUUGAUAGAAUCAAUAGAGCUGCUUGGGUCUUUUAUUGAAGAAUCAGAGACGGAAGAAAGCGAGAACUCAGUUGGCCUAGAGAUCACUAAAGAAGAAAUGCAGAACAAAUUCAACUCGUUCGGUGCCACAAAUGUUUGCCUGACUCUUCUCUGUGACUUAAACACAGAAAAGCCUAUGUUUGUAACUCUUAUCCAUUUCUUAACUCAGCUUUUAGAUGGAGGCAACCGAAUAGUGCAAGCCGAAAUCUAUAAGUUCUUUGCCAACAACCCCACUUCUGAGAACCUUUUCAAAAGGAUGCAUACAGAACUUAUUGACAGAAUCGAGACUAUCACGAAUGGGCCUCCUCCUCUUGCUUCUAAAAAAGCAGUAUAUAAAGAAGACCGCGAUAUUAUUAAGCUAAUAUUGAGACUUCUGCAGCUGUUUUGUGAAAACCACAAUAGCAAGCUUCAAGUUUACCUUCGUUUUCAGACUCAUUCUAUGAAUAGCUAUGAUAUGAUUAAUGACGUCACAUUUCUAUUAGAAAGCUUGAUGAAAAAAAUGCACAUCAAUUAUUUCUUGGAGAUUUCUCAGUGCUUUGACACUCUCACAGAAUUUAUACAGGGGCCAUGCAAGAAUAACCAGGAGUAUAUCAUUGAUGGACAGUUUGUAGAAAUCGCUUCAAAUCUCCUUGCAAUUGAUGAAUAUAAAGAUGGUAUUGAGGUCUAUGAAGCGCUUAAAAACGAAAAGAUUUAUGAUAAGUUUGUAACUAACCAAGUGGAGUGUUUAAAAGGAUGAAUGAUUUCUCAUCUGAAAUAUAAAUGCAUGAUCACCAUUUUAGCGCUUCUUGAAGCAAGAAAUGAUAAUUAUGUCAUUUCUAGGCUGAUCAGAGCAUUCCAUACAGAAUUGCUUAAAGAAAACCUUAUUAGCAUUUUUAAAAAUUAUGUGGAGCUAUAUGGAAUUGAUCAUUAUGACUAUGAUAUAUUUAACCAUACAGCGGAGAAUGAAGAAUAUGAGAGCUUUGGCGUCAGAAAACAAGAUCAAGAUCCGAAAUACUAUACCUUGGUCAUUGAAGUUGGUAUGAUGAUAUACCAGCUCAUGAAAAUGUUCCGCGACUCUGACGAAACCAAUGAAGAAAUGGAAGAAGGUGGACUUCCUCCUGCUGAAGAGCUCCCUGAACUGAAUAUGAUUUUCGGUGGCAAGCUUCUAGGAGGCUUAGGAAGGUUCGGCAUGGCUUUUGUCAAAAAUUCGCUUGAAACUGUUACAAAGCUCGCCAAAAUAGUAGACAAUGAAGGAGGAAAACAGGCUGAAGAAGACUCUGCAGAAGUAUUAGAAGCAGCUUAUAAGUUCUUUGAUGGGAAUACUACCCACAUUGAGAUAGUUUUCAACGAAGAAAUCAUCAAGUACUACUUCACAAAGCCUCCAAUAGCGCUUGGCUACACAAAUGAGCUAAAAGAAGAGUUUAGUGCAGACGCCGACCGAACUUCUACACAAACAAAGCUGACCUAUCUGACCAACCAGUCUGAUAGAACCAUUGAGCAGCUUCAGCAUGAGCAUUUUCUCCAAAAACUAUACAACAGAAACAAAUUCACAGCUUUAUUUGUAUCAAAUGUGUAUCUUUAUCGUGAAUUGUCGUUUAUGAUUACACUUGUCUUGAACUUUUUUAUUAUCAGCUCUUAUUCGGAUUUCGUAUAUGAGCAAGAUAAUAAUUUGGAUGAGGAUAAAGAAAGACUUUGGAGAUACUCACUGUUUUAUUAUGACGCGUAUAACACUGAAGGUGGACUAAAUUAUGUUGAUACGAAGAGCUUGAUGAUUAUUUUUGGGACCGUUCAAGUUGUGCUUUCAGCUUUAAUUGUGUCGUUUUUUUUAUUGCAGAAAGGGCCAUACUUACUAUCCUUAUUAAGUGAGAAGAAAUAUAAAUUAUAAUUUUAGUCAGCCUCUGAAAAUAAGCAAAUUAUUUUUAAUGUUUUGAUAAAUAAUUAUGGCUUAUUUUAAUUUAAAUUAAGCUAAUUAUAUUAUAGUGCUUCUAAAAAUUAAACUUUAUUUAUAACAAUUUAUAAUAAAAAGUUUUAUUAAAAGCCAUUGUAUCUAGAAGAUUUUCACAGAGGCGAAGCUAGCCAAAACUGCUUGAAGGAGAAGCAGCCCUGAUAAGAAAUUUUGGAGCUCAAAUCCAAAAAAACUCAUAGUCAUUUAUAUAAGGGGUCGACAACUGCUAUUUACAUUAUUUUAUUCAGUCACUGUGGAUGUCGUUUAUUACUCUGCAUAUAUGAUCUUUUCAAUCUUGGGACUUUCCUAUCACCCAUUUUUCUUUUGUUUUUUGCUUUCAGAUAUUUGAUCAAGCACAGGUAGCAACCCUACACCCCCACCCCCCCUAAAAAGUGGUACCCCCACGCCCCACCCCCCCUUUUUUAAUGGUACCCCCACCCCCCCACCCCCCCCUAAAAAAUGGCACCCCCACCCCCCCUUUCACAGAUGGCACCCCCACCCCCAUCCCCUUAAUAUAGCAUAAAAUAUAUGAAAAAUGCCAAUUUAGAGCAGACGUAAUAAAUAAAUUAUUUUAAAUAUUCAAAAUUACUGAUUUAUACAAUAUCCACAUAUCGUAGCACAAUCGAUUAAGGAGUAGAUGGAAUGGGGUGAGAAUUUCCUAUAACUAGUAAGCUCACCAAAUCUGAAAAAAUUUGUUAGCAAGUUAAUAAUGAUCUUUGGUAUUAAUUAGCAAUAUAUCCUGCAUAUAUUUUAUGAACUUUGUGGAAUAAUGGCUAAAAGUCGAAUUAGAGAUCCAAAAGUAAAACUGACAAUAGCAAAUGCUAUUUUUAUUACCACUAUUGAAUCCUGCUACCAAUUCAGUCCUGCAAUCUUUGUACAAUGGGUAAUCAGAUUAGCUUUAAUUUAUGAAUCCAUAAAUUUAAUGCAAGUUAUUCUAUUGUGCUUGGCUCAUUUAAUAAUUAAUGCCAUUAUCUAUAUCUUUGGCAUUAUAUUUAUAAAUAUAAAAAAAACAAAUUUCUAAUUAAUUGCUAAUUAAUUUAAAUUUAUUAAUUAAUCAUAAAUAUAAAGUAAUUUGUGGACUUAAUUUAAAAAUAUAGUGUUUUAUUGUGUUAUGUUUAAUUUAUUUUGCUUAUUUCCUAUCAAAUACUUCUAUAGGAUAAACCCGAGAGGAGGGGGUGGGGGUGCCAUCUGUGAAAGGGGGGGGUGGGGGUGUCUGGUUGCGACCUAUGCUUGACCAGAUAUUCUCUAUAAAUACCCUUCACUCCAAAAUGUGAUUAAAUCAGUUAUUUUGCCAUGGAAAUCUCUGGUUGUUUUAUUCGGCUGCAUUUAGUUUGAUCAGAGGAUUUUUAAUAGUGUAGCAUUUCUUCAAGAAAUUUGGAGGAAAAUAUUCUAAUAUUGAAGCAAGCAUUACUCACUCACAGCUUUAAAUUGGAACAAAAAAUAGGCAACAUUAAUCAAACAAAUUUUUCAAUAUAAAAAUUUUAUAAAUAAUAAAUUUUAUAAAAUAAUUUUAAAGGAAAAAGUGCAAUUAGAAUUUAUAUAAAUAGUUUAAACAUUGAAUCGAUUAACUUUUUGAAUGAAUUCUUUAAAAAUCAAUUAAAAUUAAUAAGUAUUGCGUUAAAUUUUUUAUAUUUUUUAAUUUUAAAAAAUUUAACACCCUUAAAUUGAUAGGAUUUUUUGUUCUAAUUUAAAAAGGGAGGAGUCAAAAAAACUUCUAGAUUCUAUCAAAUGUCUUAAAAAUGAAAUAUUUUGGCUAAAUUUCUCCGAGAAAAUUCAUACUAUCAAAGGUUACGAUCAAAGAGCAUGCAUCAGUUUAUUCAUUUUCCUGAUCGUCUUAAUCUAUUUAUUUGGGGUCUGGAUAUAUAUGCAUUAAAUGAAUCAACCCAUCCUUUUAACACCAUAUUGCCGAUUUAGGCAGGGAACUUUGUGGAAAAGAGGAUGCGUUGGGCAAUGUGCAUCCAACAAGGUUUUACUGGUUUGGUGGAUCACAAUACCGAGUUAGCUGGCCGCAAGCUCAUAUCCUUUACCUCUAGAUAAUGGUGCUCAGAAUUGGAAAGGGAUGUCCCGGCAAUACUAGUUAGGUCCCUCCUGAUCAAUUGGGAAUGUUUCCGAGUGCGAUACCGGGUGUUGUGUCCCUGAUUUGAGUUUCCAUUUUGGUAGACAAGUGAACAGUUAAUUUGAUUUUUCGAUUUUUUUCUGAAACCUGAACCCCGUUGGCAUACGCCAUGGGCAACCCAGCGUCUCUAGCUCACGGCAGCGAGUGCAAUCCUUCAUCAAUGAGAAACAACACGGCGAGAGACUGUGCUUGGGCUGGAAGCAGCGGUGAGCAAUAAUAGAGACAGAUGUGGCCUCCAGACCUACCGGGAGCUUUUUAAUAAUAUUAAUUAAGUUAAACUAAGGGGUCUGGGCAUAUAUAGGCUUCCCUUCUGAUUUGUCUGGAAACUGUGUAAGUUUACUAAAAUGCGGGAUUUUUAUUGGCGACAGAGGUUUUAAAGCAAACGGAGGGAUUGGAGGCUGAAUUUCUGACUGGGGUGCUGGGUGAAUAGACUACGACAGACUGUUCUUUGACAAUUCUUUCAAUAUCCUAAUCAUGAUUAUCGCUCUAAAAAUUGUGCAGGGUGUGAUUAUUGAUACUUUUACCAUUUUGAGAGAGCAGCAAGAAGAAAGCACAAAUGAUAAAGAAAAUAAGUGCUUCAUUUGUGGCUUAGACCGAGAUGAAAUAGAGCAUUUCACAGGGAGACCUUUUGCCUAUCAUGUUUAUACUGAGCAUAAUGAGUGAAACUAUAUUCUCUUUAUUGCUUAUUUAAAGUCAAAAGAUGAGACUGAGUAUUCAGGCAUUGAGUCUUAUGUAAAGGAGCAAUACGAUAAAAAAGAACUACUCUGGUUUCCUCAAAGCACUUCUUUAGCUAUCAAAAAGAACAAAACUCUUGAUGAAGUCAAAAGACAAGAUAUGUUCAAAACCAUUGAACAAAGGAUUGAGUAUAUAUCGACAGAGUUCGAGAAGCUCAAAGCGCUGAAAUCUAAAAAGUAA